AUGGUGCACGGUGCCAUCAACGGAGGCGCCCCCGGAGCACACCAGCACCAACACAGCAACGGGGCCAGGCCCAGGCACCACCACGAGGCCGGGUUGCCUCUCCCCUUCAUGGGGGGCGCGGCCAGCUCCUCUCCGUCGGCUGCCUCGUCAGCGGCAGCGCACUUGCUCGAAGCUUCGCAGGACUCAGGCGACGACGAGGAGGUGCAGUGCGCCGGCCACGCGGCGGGCGUCAAGACAGAGAAGCGGCAGGUGGUGCGCAAGUCGAAGGGCCGCUGGACGAAACAAGAGGACAACACACUCCGAGAGGCAGUCAAACAGUACGGCGCCAAGAACUGGAAGCAGAUAGCCGAGUGCGUGCCCGGCCGGACCGACGUCCAGUGCUUGCACAGGUGGCAAAAGGUGCUCAACCCCGAAUUGGUGAAGGGUCCCUGGACCAAGGAAGAGGACGAGCUUGUGGUCAAGCUGGUGCAGCAAUAUGGCCCGAAGCGAUGGUCACUUAUUGCCUCGCACCUCAAGGGAAGGAUUGGCAAGCAGUGCAGGGAGCGGUGGCACAACCACCUCAAUCCUUCGAUCAAGAAGGACGCGUGGUCGGAGGAGGAGGAUAGCAUGUUGAUCGAGGCACACAGGCAACUGGGCAACAGGUGGGCGGAGAUCGCCAAGCUCCUGCCCGGUCGCACGGACAACGCGAUCAAGAACCACUGGAACUCCACCAUCCGCCGCAAGCUCGCUAAGACCGAACCCUCCUCUUCACCCUCCGCCUCGCCACACAACAGCAGCAGCAGCGCCAACGUCAGCUUCAACAAGGAGAACCGCGAGAACUCCUCCGCCGCGAGAACUCCCUCGCCUCUCCCCUCCCCCGCGUCCCGUGAGCGCUUGUCUACCAAGGCCCUUGCUCCCUCUGCCGGCGCCAACAACAACAGCAAUGGCGCGAACAGCAACGGCAACGGCGCCAGCAAGGCCAUCUCGCUCACCCUAUGGGUCGCGGGCGGUCCCGCCCUCACCCUCACCGAGCCGUCGGGAACGUGCGCCGCCGCGUCCUCCUCGCUCCCCGCUCCGCUUCUCCCGCCCCCUUCGUCUUCCACCCCCAUCGCUUCCGCUCCUCUGUCUCUCCCCACCACCACUCCGCUCAAGACGGAGCCUAAGACGCCGCCGUCGUUGAACAUCUCCCCGGUGCUGCCGGUCAUGUCCAACAGCCCCUUCCCCACGCUCUCGCCCGCUCGCAGCCCGUCGUCGGGCCUCGACGGCAGCUUCCUCUACUCGUACCACCACCACUCGGGCCAGAAGACCAUCGACCUCCUAGGCACGAUGGACCUCGAACUGCCGGCCCUCGACAGCAUCCAGCUGCCCGACCUCAGCCACUUCAACGCACAGCUCUACACCCCCGGACGCACGCCCGGCCGUACGCCCGGCCGCAGUCCCAACAAGCGAGGAGCGAACAGCAUGCUGCCGCUGGACCUGAGCACGACCCCGUCAAUUCUGCGUCGUGACAGCUCCAAGCGCAGGCGCUCCAACGGCGCCGGAGUGGAGGCAUCGGUGGCGCUCUCGUUCGAGUCGCCCCUUCCCACUCACGCCUCGCCCGUCGCCCUCUCGCCCUCCGUGUUCUUCCAGGACAUCCUCUCCUUCCCAUCGCCCAUCAACCGUGGCUUCCUCACCCCCAACCGAUUCACACCGAACCGGCGAAGGUUGUAUUCGCCGUCGCCGUCUCCGCUCCGGGCUGUGAAGGUGGAGAACGCCAGGUGGGCCCAGCCGGGCGAGCAGCAGCCUGCUCAACCGCCGGCCCAACAGCAGUCGCAGCCGCAGUCUGCCGACGAGUCGUUGGUGGAACCGUGCCCCGUGUCGCUGAGGCAGCAGUUCAAGUCCAUCAACUCGCGCAUCGGGAACGUGAGGCGUGGCGCGCCUGCCCUUCGCCUUUCUUUCCAAGACGACGGCUGGAAGAAGAAGGAGGAGCUGGAGAUGGGCGACUCGUCCAUGUCCGGCGACGAGGAGGACAACGGCUGGAAGGCCCUCCGACUGUUGCAACCGACGGACGACCGAGCGGUGUUGUACGAGCAGGCGCAGCAGAUUCUGCGGCGGGAUGGCGCGGAGAGGUCGACCUUCACCUCUUCGGCCACCGUGUCCCUGAGCGUUUCUCUUGGCCAACUCGAGACCGCCAAGAACGAGCCGUUCGGCCUUGCUCGGUCUAGAGCAAGCGUCGACAUGGCCGACCCCAACAAGAGAGGCCAAAUUGCCACCUAUUAG